AUGAAGUUUGGUAAAGAGUUUCAGCAUCUCCUCGAUGCGUCCGAUUUCCCAGACGACUGGAAAACCUCGGCAAUCGAGUACGGCAAGCUCAAAAAACUGAUCAAGAAUGUCGUCGCCGAGCUGGAGGGCAUGGGCCUCUCGCCCAACGUCUUGCAAAAACUGCUCGUCAUGGACCCCGCCACCGGCAGGCUCCACAGCGAGUCGCCCGCACCGGAUGCCUCUGCCGCGAGUUCCGACGCCGAGGAGGUGUUCGAGUUUGAAUUCGAGGUGGACGAGGACUCGCCCAGCGUCGCCCCGCAGACGCGCAAGAGCCCCAAAGAGGUCCUUGUCGAUCCCGUGCUGGAAGACGAGGACGACGCAAGUAUCGGCCACGGUGCCGUGCCCCACGGAGAGGCCAUGGCCAACCACCACCGGUUCCGACUGCGCAUGGUGGGCGCAGACGCCGGGUCGCGCAGGACAUCAUCCUCGCCACCGCCACCGCUGGCACGUACGAGCUCGCCACGACCCGUCAGUGUGGCCGACAUGAUCCGGUCGCACAGCCCCAGCCCCAGCCCGAGCUCUGUGGUGUCGCCGCGCGCUUCCAGUCCCGCACCGAGCUCCAUCGCUGGAGUCGGAGUUGGAGGCGAGCAUCGUGGGCGCGUCACGAAGCGUGCAGUCACAGAGCAUGGCGGCGUCACUGCAGAAUACGUUCUCACUGGUGACGAGGCCAACCCCGUGCCGCAGAUCCGACUGCACGUCUCCCACACCGAGCCCGUAGUAGAAACACCGCCCGUGGCGUCAACAAGUGCGCUAUUGGAGUUGGAGUUGGACAGUUUGGCCACGACCGAUACCGAUGACGACGACGACGACGACGACGAUACCGACGGCUACUAUGACCUCGGGCGUCCCGUCGACGACCACAAGACACCCGUCUUACCCCCGUCGCCAAGCCUGAUGCGGCUCCGAUCUGUCGCGUCCCCUAUCUGGGCCAUUGCCAGUGGCGCGCCGGCGGAUGGGAUGCGCGAGCUGAGUCUCGGCGAGGCGGCAGAGGACAUUAUCGACCUCACAACACCAAGGAUGGGGCCGUCGGCGCCGCUUCUGCCUGCCUCGGUCAUUGCGCUGGACGACUCGGGUGCCGAGGUGCCUGCGCAGCCCCUCACCAACGGUGCCGCUCACCACAGCGGCACUGCCAACGGAUAUGCCAACGGCACCGCUCAUGCCAAGCAGGCGCUCGCUAACGGCUUUCCGACAACUGAACGUGACCGCGAGUUUAUUAUCCCCCUGCAGUCCGACAUGGCGUUUUUCAACGUUCUCACGGCUGCGCUCAAGUCGCUCUCGGCCUUCCACCAGGAGCAACAGGAGCAUUUCCGGGGGGCCGUCGCGCAGCUGUGCCACAUGAUUUCCUCAUCCAUUGUGCCCAGCGACUCCCCCAUUGUGCUCCCGACCCCGCUCAACUCGGCGCCGUCAGACAACAACAACAGCAACCAAAUGGUGAAGUACGAGUACAAGUCGUCGACGCCGUCGCAGAAGGACCUGUACGCGUGGCGUGAGAUUUUCAGUCUGUGGGUCGAAUCGCAAAUCUUCGAGUCGAACGCCGAACGCGACCGUGGCGAGCGGACAGUGGACGAGGCGGAACGGCGCCUGAAAGUGUUUGCCAACGAGGUCGUCAAGCGCGGCCUGGGCGACCGUCGUAGCAUAAAGGGCAAGAAGACGCGUAAAGCGUGGGAAGAGUUUUUGCGCCUCAACGUGCUGCUUCUCGACCUGAAACGGUUCCAGAUGGCCAACAUUGACGCGGCGCGCAAGAUUCUGAAAAAGCACGACAAGCGGACGGCGCUCACGGCCUCGACGGGUCUCGCGGCGUUUGUGCGUGCCACGCUCACGGCGCAUGUGGAUGUCGACGGCAACAUGUCCACGUGGACGUUUUACAACACGUCUCUGCCGCACGUCUUGCUCGCGAGCUUGACCGACACCCUUCUCCCCAUCCUCCCGAGUCUGGACGACUAUGCCUGCCUGAUCUGCAUGUCCAUCGCGUUCAAGCCGAUCCGCCUGAGCUGCGGCCACCUCUUCUGCGUCCGCUGCCUGGUGAAGAUGCAGCAGCGGGCCAAGGAACAGUGUCCGCUGUGUCGCUCGCCCAGUGUGCUUCUAGCCAACAAGAGCUCGCUGGACACGACGCUCAUGAACUUUAUGAAGGACUGGUUCCCCAAGGAGGUCCGGGAGAAGCAAAGGGACAACGCGAACGAGAUUGCCAAGGAGCAGCUCGAAGAUGCGGGGCUGGAUGCGCGGUGUGUGGUGCAGUAG